AUGGGAAUUCUGCUGCUGUUUUUGCUAGGCCUUGUGGCACUGUUUUCUUUCCUGGUCUAUCGAAUUUGCUUUCACCCUCUCGCUCAUAUUCCCGGGCCCCCAUUAGCCAAGGUCACUUAUUUGUAUGAGUGGUACUACGACCUGUAUCGAAGUGGCCAGUUCACCUUCCAGCUUCGUGCCCUACAUGACAAAUAUGGGCCCGUCAUUCGCAUUAACCCCGAUGAAAUACAUAUCGACGACCCGGAUUUCUUCGACCAGGUCUUUAAUCAGACCAACGGCCGCGCAGAAAAGCCUCUGCGCGUCGCGGAAGCAUUUGGCCCCUAUCCUGCUGUACGAAUUUCCUUUGGAAACAGCGCAUAUAAAACUCAGACUAUUGGCACUCAAUCACAUGACCUACACCGUCUGCGGCGUAGCGUGUUGAGCCCCUUCUUUUCCAAGAAAUCUGUUACCGACCUCGUUCCAGUCAUGUGGCACCCCAUCGAGAUCCUACGAGAGCGUUUGCACCGCGCUGCUCAGACGGGCGAGAUGGUCAAUAUGAAGUAUAUCUACGCCGCAGUGACACUGGAUAUCAUCAACGCCUAUUGCUUCGCACAUGAACCCUCCAAUGUGCACCAGCCAGACUUUGGCCGCAAAGGAUUUGACGAUGUAGAUAGCUUCCUUGAGGUCAGCCUGUUGAAUAUCCAUAUUCCGUGGGUGAUGCGGCUCACAUAUUCGCUUCCGGACAGCGCCAAUAAAGUACUAGCCCCCGCAUUGGCGGAUAUUCUAGAUUUUCGCCGAGACCUAUCCCAACAGGUAGAGGCUAUUCGGCGUGGCGAGGAUAAAUCUUACGAAAAAGCCUCACAUCGCACUCAAGCUUCCCCCGAGGAACGAGAAAGAGAUAGGUUGCGAGAUGAAGCCUUCAGCUUAGUGACAGCAGGCUCCGGGACAACGAAACUAACCGAUCGCAGAGCAUAUGUUCUACGUGGAACUGCUUAUCACAUUGCCGCUAACCCAGCCGUGCGACAAAAGCUGCACGAAGAGCUCGUAGCUGCGAUUCCAGACGUACAAAAAUUCCCCUCUUUAACUAUCCUCGAACAACUUCCCUACCUGACAGCUGUAGUCCAAGAAGGCUUGCGUCUAUCUGACCCUGUCACUCAUCGAAUAAGCCGCCAAUUCCCCGAUCAUGCCCUCGAAUGCCGAGGGAUCUUCAUUCCCGCAAAUACUACUAUUGGCAUGACGGCCAUGCUAACACAUCUCAACGAAUCAAUUUACCCGGAGCCUCGUGCCUUCAAGCCUGAGCGGUGGCUAGCUCCCGAAAGCAAGCGACUUGAUCGAUACUUGGUUCCUUUCAAUCGAGGAACACGCUCUUGUCUGGGCAUGAACCUGGCUCGUGCCGAGCUGUUUCUCAUCCUAGCAGCUGUAUUCCGGCAGUUCGAUUUUGAUAUAUCUGCGGUGCGACGUGAUCGCGAUAUUGAUGUGAGUCGGGAUUUUAUUCUCGGAGCACAGGCGCGUGAUUCGCCAGGUAUUCUAGUGACAGUGAAGGAGUGUUAG